GCAGAUGCUCGCGGGCUGGGCUGCGGCACCGGAGGGCACGCCUGUUGUGGCCCGGGAGCGCCCGGCGUAGCGGCAGGGAUGGAUGAACAGGCUCUUCUAGGGCUGAACCCCAACGCUGACUCAGACUUCAGGCAGAGGGCCCUGGCCUAUUUUGAGCAGCUGAAGAUCUCCCCAGAUGCCUGGCAGGUAUGUGCGGAAGCUCUAGCCCAGAGGACAUACAGUGAUGACCACAUAAAGUUUUUCUGCUUUCAAGUCCUGGAACAUCAAGUCAAACACAAGUACCCCGAGCUGACUGCUGUUCAGCAGCAGCUGAUCAGGGAGACACUCAUCUCUUGGCUUCAGGCUCAGAUGCUGAGCGCCCAGCCCGAGAAGACCUUCAUCCGCAACAAGGCCGCGCAGGUCUUCGCCUUGCUCUUUGUCACGGAGUAUCUCACCCGGUGGCCCAAGUUUUUCUUUGACAUUCUGUCGGUAGUGGACCUCAACCCGCGGGGCGUAGACCUGUACCUGCGCAUCCUCAUGGCUGUUGACUCCGAGUUGGUGGAUCGCGACGUGGCGCACACGUCGGAGGAAGCUCGUAGGAAUACUCUCAUAAAAGAUACCAUGAGGGAACAGUGCAUUCCAAACUUGGUGGAAUCAUGGUACCAAAUCCUGCAGAAUUAUCAGUACACUAAUUCAGAAGUGACGUGUCAGUGCCUUGAAGUAGUUGGGGCUUAUGUGUCUUGGAUAGACUUGUCCCUGGUGGCCAACGAUAGGUUUCUGAGCAUGCUGCUAGGUCAUAUGUCAGUGGAAGUUCUGCGGGAAGAAGCCUGCGACUGCUUGUUUGAGAUCGUGAAUAAAGGAAUGGACCCUGUCGGUAAAAUGAAGCUAGUAGAGUCUUUGUGUCAAGUGUUACAGUCUGCUGGGUUUUUCAACAUUGACCAGGAAGAAGAUGUUGACUUCCUGGCCAGAUUCUCCAAGCUGGUGAACGGAAUGGGGCAGUCGCUGAUCGCCAGCUGGACUAAGCUGACCAAGAGCGCAGACACCCAGAGUGCGCAGGAGGCCCUGCGAGCGGUGGAAGCCAAAGUGGCCCUGAUGCUGCAGCUGCUGGUUCACGAGGAUGACGACAUCUCUUCAAACAUUGUUGGGUUUUGUUACGACUAUCUUCAUCUUUUGAAGCAGCUUCCAGUGCUCUCAGAUCAACAAAAAGCUAACGUAGAGGCAAUCAUGUUGGCCGUCAUGAAAAAGUUGACGUAUGACGAAGAAUAUAACUUUGAAAAUGAGGUAAAAAUUUUGUUGUGGUUUUCCAUUUUGCCUUCAUUCAGCAAACAGAUGAAUCCCUUCAUUGAGGAUAUUCUGAACAGAAUACAAGAUCUGUUAGAGCUGUCUCCUCCCGAGAAUGGCUACCAGUCUCUGCUGAGCAGCGAUGACCAGCUCUUCAUCUACGAGACGGCGGGGGUGCUGAUCGUCAACAGUGAGUACCCCGCGGAGCGGAAGCAAGCCCUGAUGAGAAACCUGCUGACUCCGCUCAUGGACAAGUUCAAGAUUCUGUUGGAAAAGUUGAUGCUGGCACCAGACGAAGAGAGGCAGGCGUCACUGGCCGACUGCCUCAGCCACGCUGUUGGGUUCGCCAGGUGA